CACGGGAGCCUCUCCGCCAGCUCCGGCGGGCAGCGGGCAGCGGGAGCGCGGCGCAGCCCCAUCGCCCCGCACGGCAGACCGAGCUGGAAGCCGAGCGCCGUCGCCGGAGGCGGCCGACCGAGGCAGGUGCUGCCCGCGGCGUCAUGGACCGGCUGCGUCUGCCGCCGCCGCCGCUGCUGCUGCUGCUGCUGCUGCUUCUGGGGGUGUCCUUCGGAGGUGCCAAGGAGACAUGCUCCACGGGCCUGUACACCCACAGUGGAGAAUGCUGCAAAGCCUGCAACUUGGGUGAAGGUGUGGCCCAGCCUUGCGGAGCCAACCAGACCGUGUGUGAACCCUGCCUGGACAGUGUGACGUUCUCCGACGUGGUGAGCGCCACGGAGCCGUGCAAGCCCUGCACGGAGUGCCUGGGCCUGCAGAGCAUGUCGGCUCCCUGCGUGGAGGCGGAUGACGCCGUGUGCCGCUGCGCCUACGGCUACUACCAGGACGAGGAGACUGGCCGCUGCGAGGCCUGUAGCGUGUGCGAGGUGGGCUCGGGACUCGUGUUCUCCUGCCAGGACAAACAGAACACAGUGUGUGAGGAGUGCCCAGAGGGCACCUACUCAGACGAAGCCAACCACGUGGACCCGUGCCUGCCCUGCACGGUGUGCGAGGACACCGAGCGCCAGCUACGCGAAUGCACGCCCUGGGCUGACGCCGAAUGUGAGGAGAUCCCUGGCCGAUGGAUCACAAGGUCUACACCCCCGGAGGGCUCCGAGAGCACAGCCCCCAGCACCCAGGAGCCCGAGGAGCCUCCAGAGCAAGACCUCGUAGCCAGCACGGUGGCAGAUACGGUGACCACUGUGAUGGGCAGCUCCCAGCCCGUAGUGACCCGAGGCACCACUGACAACCUCAUUCCUGUCUACUGCUCCAUCCUGGCUGCUGUGGUUGUGGGCCUGGUGGCCUACAUUGCUUUCAAGAGGUGGAACAGCUGCAAGCAAAACAAACAAGGAGCCAACAGCCGGCCAGUGAACCAGACACCCCCGCCGGAGGGAGAGAAACUACACAGCGACAGCGGCAUCUCCGUGGACAGCCAGAGCCUGCACGACCAGCAGACCCACACACAGACGGCCUCAGGCCAGGCCCUCAAGGGUGAUGGCAACCUGUACAGCAGCCUGCCCCUGACCAAGCGCGAGGAGGUGGAGAAACUGCUCAAUGGCUCCUCGGGGGAUACCUGGCGACAUCUGGCAGGCGAGCUGGGCUACCAGCCUGAGCAUAUAGACUCCUUCACCCACGAGGCCUGCCCAGUCCGAGCCCUGCUGGCCAGCUGGGCUGCCCAGGACAGCGCAACGCUCGAUGCCCUUUUGGCUGCCCUGCGCCGCAUCCAGAGGGCUGACAUCGUGGAGAGCCUGUGCAGCGAGUCCACCGCCACCUCCCCAGUGUGAGCUCACAGACCAGAAGUCCCUGUCCAGCCCCCACAGAGCUGACCCCUCCCCUCUCCCCAGGGGUGGCCCAACAGUCAGAGCCGAGCUCCUCUGUGCAGGGCCUCGCUCAGCUCCCCAAACCAUAGCUCUGUUGCUGCUCCUGAGGGGGCCCUUGCUUCUGACCAUGCUCCCUCUCCAGCAAGAGACAGGACCACCCCAAGCCUGUCUUGCCCCCUUGGCCUCUCAGGCUGUUCCUCCCUUUCCCAACACCUUAGCUGUGUCAGAUCUUGGGGGUUUGACACCAGAAAAGGUUAACAGAGGUACCCCAGAGACUCAGGAGGCACUGAAGAACCAGAGCCAUGGGCCCCACACUGUGAACUGGAGAACAGGGGGGUAUUGUGGUAGGCUAGACCUUCCUUAGCCCCCUCCCUUCUCCCCUCUGGCCAAAGAUGAAGAGGAUUAUAGGCCUAUCUGAGCUGAAGGCAGGUUUGGACCCCGGUCCACACUCCCCUGUUACACACAAGACCGUACAGCCCAGAGAGAGGCAGGGCCUGGUCUAGGCCACCCAGCAACGUGGAGAUCAAACGUAGGCUAACACUCUCCUUUCUGAAUGAGGGCAUCAGGUGUGCUUGAUGGCAGGGAUGGAGUAGCUUUCAGGGAAGCAGCUGGAAGCCAAAUCUACUUCACCCUCUACUACUUCCAGGCCCCAGCCCAACUGUUGUGCAGACAAAGUUUUUCCAAGACCUGGUCCCUUGGCCCCUUCUGAUGGAGUCGGGCUAAAGGGCUUGGGAAGUGGGCUGCUGCCUUCCUCUGCCUCUGUCAAGCUUAUCCACAUUUGUGAAGGGAUGUAUCGGUUAAUGCUCUCGUUCUUAGCAUAGGCCUGAAGCCAACAUUAGCCCCUAGAAUCAGCCCUAGGGGUCAGGGACCAAGGACUCCCACCCCACAGUCCUAACACCACACACACACACACACACACACACACACACACACACACACACACGAAAAGAUGUCUCGAAAUUUUUUUCCAUGUCUCUUCUUGGGCUGCUGGGGGUCACUGCCAGAGAAACAUCGGAGGGAACCGAGUUGAGUUUGAUCGGAGUGGCUUCCUCACCCCCGGGUUUGGCAGGCCAAGGACUGCUGCAUCUGAGCUGGAGCCCGUCUUCCAAGGGACGUGGAGGAAUGCUCUCACUCCCCCCCACUCCGUGCAGCCAGAAGAGUAUAGUAAGGAAGAACAGGCUGGUAUGAGAACACGGCAAGAAAACAACCAAAAGAAACAGAUGCUGGCCCAUGGGCUGUGGCAGGCUUCUCCUAAGUUUCAAGGCCCCUGCAAGGGACUGAUUUCCUGAGCACCACCAGGAAGGGGCGUGAGGUCUAGGUGGCGUUUUCACUCCCCUUCUUGGCCUGUUCUGUUUUGCUUGCUGUUGGAAUGAGUGGGCCCCCCCUCUAUUUAGCAUGAAGGAGCCCCAGGCAGGAUAUGCACAGACUGACCACCGUCCCUCCCCACCCAGGGUCCACCCAACCCUGUACGGAGAACCAGGGGCAUUGUACACGGGUGGUAUUUUUAUGGACCUCAAUCUGCAUCGAGUGGAGGGACCCCCCCCCCACCUGCUGGCCCCCCUCCCCAGGUACCUGGGGAAUGGGACAUUCUUUGUGUAUUUAUUUUUUUUCUCCCCAGAAGUUGGGGAGCGGUGGGGAGCUGCAAAUGCAGUUUAGCAUGUGUUUGGUUCUGGGCUCUCCCCAGCCUGAUUUUGGGUCAAGAUGGAACCUUUGGCCCUUCAGCUGGCGAUGCUGAGCUCCAGACCCCGUCACUUUCCUGUCACCUUCCCCUUGCUUCCUGUGUAAUCAUGUCUCGGGCCCUCCCGAAACCUACACGUCGUAAAACAUAAGUGAUGAACAUUAAAUAGCAAAAAAGAAAAGAA